AUGUCCUUCCCGUGGCCAUAUCAUUUUAUCUCUCUUUCUGAAGACGAGAAACUGCGCCGCCGUGAGCUGCUCGAUCUUCGCGGUUUCUAUGCGCAAUGGUCCAUCAUUCUGGCAAUUAUUGCCAUUCGAAUCUAUAGAGCCCUGGCAAAAGCACCGGCCAAUUCAUCCAGUGCAUCUGGACAGCGCUGUGGGCCAAUUUCGUCGUGGGACCGGCCCCUUGUCUCUGGAUGGAUCGAAACUCGACGGCAUUAUCUUGUCUGCGGUCUUUGGCUACUGUGGCUAUUGAGUCUUUCGGUGUGGAAUAGCGGUGAUGACUACCUCCACGUCACCAAAGCAAUGGGUCAUGUCGCCUUGUCCCAAGUGCCCCUGCAAGUCCUUAUGUCCCCAGCAGGAUACAUCUCAACCUCCAACCCGGCUGCCCCGUCACUCAUCUCGCUCUUCACUUCGAUCUCUCAGCCCGUUCUAACGCCCUACCACCGUCUCUUCGGCCGUCUGGUCGUUGCAACUCUUCUCGUCGGGCACGCCGCCCUUUAUCUGUUGUUUUUUGUACAGUCAAGCCACCCGGCCUAUGGGUCAUUGCUUGCCAAGCGAGUCCGGGAUUUUGAUGUACAAUGCGGCUUACUUGCGCUCUCAUCUGCGGCAUUUCUCUUGCUCUUCGCCCGACCGCGUGGUGCUGUACCCAAGACAAGGUUCCAGGCAUGGUUGCCAGCAGGUUCUAUCCAUGAACGGAGGCGGUUGUUCUAUUCAGGGCAUUUGUUGUUGGUGGUGGUUUUGUGUGUUGCGGCUUAUUACCAUGUAGUGCAGGCCCGGUUUUAUAUGCUUCAGACUCUAGGGGCUUCCAUGCUCAAUGGGGUGUGGUCUUGGAUAAUGGUGCGACGGGGCAAGCGGGUAUAA